AGCGCCCUGCGCGCUCUCGGAGCGCUCUGCGCGCAUCCAGCAGCAGCAGCAGCAGCAACCAGGGCACAACAUGAAUCAUGAACGGAUCUUACAGCUCACAUUUCCUCAGGGUGGAUACAGCCUACUGAGGAAAACGUUCAUUACACGCACUUAGACGCUCUCAACCGCCCUGGAGAGACGGGGAGACCGAGAGGAAGACGAGGAGGGCAAAUGUUCAAAGUUUGAUCGGCUGGUAUACAAGUGCCAACGCAAUAGCUGCAGAAAAUGAGCAGGAAUUAAAGAAGAAUGUUUGUCGUUUGGGAUUUAUCUGUGAUUUUGCAAACAUACAUCAUCUGCACUUCGUCAGCUCAGCCCAUUACGUCCAAGCUGGAUGAGAGUUGGUGGGCGUAUAAGGAUCUUGUCCAGGGAAGUUUUGUUCCAGUCCCAUCUUUCUGGGGUCUGGUGAAUUCUGCCUGGAACUUGUGUGCCAUAGGGAAGAGGCAGUCCCCCAUUGACAUCGAAACCAGUCAUAUGAUCUUUGACCCCCAUCUGACCCCUCUCAAGCUGAACACAGGAGGAGGACGCAAGAUGGGCGGGACCAUGUAUAACACAGGAAAGCAUGUUUCCUUAAGGCCAGACAAAGCCCACCUGGUGAACAUCUCAGGGGGCCCGCUGGGUUACAGUUACCGGCUGGAGGAGGUUCGCCUUCACUUCGGGAGUGAGGAUUCGCUGGGUUCAGAGCACCUCCUCAAUGGACAGGGCUUUCCUGGAGAGGUUCAGCUGAUCCACUAUAACCAUGAUCUGUACGCCAACUACAGCGAAGCAGCGAAGAGUCCUCAUGGCAUCGUUGUGAUUUCCAUCUUCAUAAAGCUGUCUGAAAACUCCAACUCCUUCCUCAACCGAAUGCUGAAUAGAGACACCAUCACCAGAAUUAACUACAAACAUGAUGCGUUCUUAUUAAUGGGCCUGAAUAUAGCCGACCUAUACCCUGACACCACACGCUACAUCACCUACGAGGGCUCCAUCACCAUCCCACCCUGCUAUGAGACCGCCACGUGGAUACUCAUCAACAAGCCUGUUUAUGUGACACAGAUGCACAUGCAUUCCCUACGCCUUCUCAGCCAGAACGAGCCGUACAAGAUCUUCCUGAGUAUGAGUGACAACACCAGGCCCGCCCAGCCGCUGCUGCAGCGCUGCAUCCGCACCAACAUCCACUUCAGCAAGCAGGGCCGCGACUGCCCCAACAACCGGGCCCUUCGCCCGCAGUACAGAGUGAAUCCGUGGCUGCUGAAGUAGAAGAAAGAAAGAUGUGAAGUAGCAGCACCACGAGAGGAAAGGCGGGAAUCAUCAUACUUCACUGUCAAACUGAGCUUAGUUGAACAAACGGAUGAACUGAAUAGAAAACACAACAUCUGCACAUCAUUAAGGACAGUUUUACUGAAAUUACAUCAGCUAAGUUCAAUUUACUGAACUUGAAAGUAACUGCUAUGCUGGCCUUCUCAACAUCCACAUCUCACCGAGGCCAGCACAGCAACGAUACACAGCGCAGUAUGAAAAAGACCAGAAGGACUAUGAUGUCUCCAACUGUACUGUGUUUUCAUUUUUUGUGUGAACUCAGAAAGUUGUACAGACUCAAUCAUUUCAGGUAACUUUUCAGUGGGAAAAUGUUAUGUAAGGCACCGUUGUUAAAGGUCGGGCUUAGAUUGUUCUUCAAACCCAGGUUCCAGUGAAGAAGGACAAAAACUGUCAUCAACAAACAGCUUACGUUUGGAAAACAUGGGCAGAGUAUCAUGUUGUAUUUCACAAAUGGAGAAAAAAGUACUGAAAGUAUAAAAUUCAGUGCUUGAACGUUUGACGCAUUAAGAAAGAAAAAAGUUGUGAAAAGCUGUUU